AAACGCAAUCCGAAAACUAGGGUUUCUCGACGUCACUGACGCCAUGGAUGAGUCACCAUUGCAACUCGUCUCUGAAAUCGGCACCCAACUCGGUCAAGUCUCUCGCCUGAAGAAAGAUUUCCUUGUCAAAUCGUUGCGCGAUUCAAAUUUCACAGGAGCACCACUGUUUCAAGUGGUUGCCUUCUCAAUUCAAAUCCCCCCAUAUACCAUUGAACAAUCUGGAAAACAAUGAAUUUAUGGAAUCCCAUUUUGAUCCUAAUAUGAAUGUGCAACUAUCUUGAGAGUUUGAGGUUUCAGAUUCUUUAUGAGCAACUUGUAAGUGGUUUGUCACAAAUAAAGCAGACUUCAUAUCUAGAAGUUUCAAAGAAAGAAGCUGCUAGAAAGCUAGAAGUUGCACUAAAGCCUUUGAGGAAAAAUAUUGUUAGGCUUGGUCUUCUACAGCAUACUGAUAAAGAUGUUAGGCUUCUGGUGGCUAUAUGUGUCUCUGAACUUUUCAGGAUCUUGGCACCUGAACCACCUUUCAAAGACAUGUAUCUUAGGGAUGUUUUUAAACUUAUCGUCAGUAUGUUCGCAGAGCUAUCAGAUACCACAAGUCCAUACUUUUCAAACAGGGUUAAAAUAUUGGAGACCGUUGCAGGAUGUAAAUGUUGUCUGAUAAUGUUGGAUAUUGAGUGCGAUGAUCUAAUUCUCGAUCUGUUCUGUAUUCUGUUUUCUGUUGUGAGGGAAAAUCAUCAACAGAGUAUCAUUGAUCGUAUUUUAUCUAUAAUGACGGAUAUUUUAAGUGAGGAGGCUUCUCAGUCUCUUUUGGACGUGGUUUUACAAAAUCUCUUAAUGGAAGGAAAGGGUGCACCUUCUGCGGCAUCUCAGCUUGCUGUUUCUGUCAUCCAAACUUGCUCAGAAAAGCUUCAGCCAUUGGUUUGUGGGUUUGUAAUAUCUUGUUCUACGGACAGAGAUGCUGUAGGAAGCAAACUUAAAGAACUUUACCAUGAAAUUAUUUAUAAAAUUUUCCAGUGUGCUCCUGAUAUGCUUCUCGAUGUGAUCCCUACCUUGACUCGAGAAUUACUUACUGACCAGGUUGAUGUUCGAAUAAAAGCUGUUAACUUAAUCGGAAGACUCUUUGCGCUACCUGAACAGCAUUUUGCGCAAAAUUAUCGAAGCCUGUUCGUUGAGUUCUUGAAAAGAUUAUCUGAUAAAUCUGCUGAGGUUAGAAUAAGUGCUAUUCGAUGUGCCAAAACUUGCUAUAUUUCCAAUCCCACUGCGUCAGACUCACAUGAAGUUCUCACUGCCCUUGAGGGCCGUCUAUUGGAUUUUGAUGAGAGAGUGCGAUUAGAGGCUGUGAUUGUUGCCUGUGAUCUUUUUCAGUAUAAUCUGAAAAUUUUUCCACCCAAACUGAUAUCUCAAGCCACUGAAAGACUUCGCGACAAGAAGAUAUCUGUGAGGAAGAGGGCUUUGCACAAAUUGAUCGAGGUGUAUCAAGAUUAUUGCAAAAACUGUUCUGGAGGCCACAUAAUAGUAAACGAUCACUUUGAACAGAUCCCAUGUAAAGUUUUGAUGCUUUGCUAUGAUAAAGAUUGUAAGGAGUUCAGGGCCCAAAAUAUGGAACUUUUUCUUGCAGAGGAUUUGUUUCCAGUUCUUCUUCCAGUUGAGGAAAGGACAAGGCAUUGGAUCCAUAUGUUUUCUCUCUUCACCCCUAUGCAUGAAAAGGCAUUGAACUCCGUCCUAUCUCAGAAACAAAGGUUGCAAAGUGAAAUGAGGACAUAUUUGGCCAUGCGGAAGAAAGACAAGGAAAAUUACUUGAACGAAAUCCAAAAGAGAAUGAAAAGUUCAUUUGUCAAAAUGUCAGCUUCCUUUCCGGAUCCUUCCAAAGCAGAAGAAUGCUUUAAUAAGUUGGAUGAAAUGAAGGAUAAUAACAUUUUCGGUGCACUGGCACUAUUAUUGGAUGAUCAGACAGUUACAAAUGCUCGGGCCACAAGAGAUAGAUUUCUGAAAAUGAUAGGGGAUAAACACCCACUUUUCGAGUUUCUACGUAUACUCUCUUCGAAAUGCUUGUUUAAUAUAUUCAGUUCAGAGCACGUCCGUUGUAUUGUAGAUCAUCUUUCAAGCGACACUUCUGGAGAUAAACAGCUGGCCAUUUAUUCUAUCAGACUUCUUCUGAUGAUCGUCAACAAUUUUCCUUCACUACUCAGAGGGUCAGAAGUGAAAUUUAGAAUGUUGCUAGAGAACCAUCCGAAUAAAAGUGAGCUGAUCGAAGUACUAGCAAAAGCAGGCCCCCACAUAUUGGUUGAAUUCAGUGAUUAUUACCCUUUAUUGGAGAAUUUAUGUUUUGAGGGGAAUCGACUGCAGUCCAAAUGUGCUGUUUCUGCCAUUGCUUCGCUUAUUAGUUCUUCAAAGCCAUUCAUUUUCUCUGAGUUAUGUGAGGGACUGCUGGAUUCUCUAUGCAGGGGACUAAAUAUCCCAACUGUAUUGCAGUCUCUUGGCUGUAUUGCACAACAUUCUAUUUCGGCAUUUGAAAUUCAAGAACCAGAGAUCAAACGAUAUAUUUAUGAGAACAUAUUUCAACUCAAAACUUCUGAAGAUAUAGCCUCAUUUGAUGAAACUUCUGGAUGCAGUAACUCUUGCAAAUUGAAGAUUUAUGGGCUAAAAACACUUGUAAAGAGUUUUUUGCCUCAUAGAGGAUCUCAUGUCAAAAGGCAAAUCAAUGAUUUGUUAGAUACUUUAUUGAAGAUGCUGCAAGUCGCUGAUGCUUUUGAUGCGACUACAUCAUGUGAAAAUGACAGGGAUUCUAUCAGACUAGCUGCUGCAAAAUCUGUUCUCCAGCUUUCCAGAAGAUGGGAUUUGCAUAUUUCACCAGAAUUAUUUCGCUUUACUGUUUUGAUGGCAAAGGAUUUGCCUUCUUUUCUCAGGAAAUCAUUUCUUGAUAAGAUACAUAAGCUGUUAAAGGACCGUGCUAUACCUACCAAAUAUGCAUGUGCUUUUGCUUUGGCCGGCUCUAAUUGCCUGAAGGAUCUGCAGGAUGAUUCAUUUAAAUACAUGGCAGCAUUUAUCAAGGAAUACAGUAAAGAAGCGCGGAUCUGCCAAACGUAUUCAGUGAAAGGAGGAUCUAUUAUGGAUUACCCAGCGUACAUAGUGGUAUUCUUGCUCCAUAUUCUUGCUCAUGAUACUGGCUUCCCACCUGAGAACUGUCAGGAUGAAGAACUAUAUGCUCAGUUUUGUAGCCCGCUUUUUUGGGUUAUCCAGGCACUAGUCAAUGCGAGCAUUGUUGAUGGUAAUAGGGAUCUUAUCAAUGAUGCUGUCUUGCAUUUGCAUAGUAUUUUUCGUGCUAUUAGGAGAGCUGAGGAUGCUGUAGAUUCGCAGGGAACUCAUAAGCUACACAUGCUAGCUGAAAUUGGGAUCUACAUCUUAAAAACGCUAAAUCAUGAUCAUGGCUCCUCAUCACGUGCCCUUGGUUCAAUUUUGCUUCCGUCCGCUCUAUACAGUGCUAAUUCAAAAUGCCCGACUCGAUCCCUUUUUUAUGAGGGUUUUCUUGCUCGAGUUAUUCAUAAUUUUGAAUCUAAAAUAUCUCUGCCUGGCAGUAUUUUUCCUAGAAAUGGUAGAAAGUGUCAAGAAAAUAUCAUAAAAUAUGAUGUCAAUCAUGGGACACUAAAUCCAGCAUCUAGCAAGGUUAUUACAAUGGAGACAACAGGCAUGCAAGACCCUGCAGGGCAGGUAAUCCGUCUGGGAUGUAGGCGGAAACGGGCUACAUCAACUACUUCUGGAUCAGUUAAAUUACGGGAUGAUUCUACUUUUGAGAAGGAGAAGGGUUCUCCGAUAUCUAAGCCGAUUGUAGAAAAGGGACAUCUUCCUUCAUGUAGUUCUGUAACUAUGAUGGCUUCUGGGACUAAAUCGCAAGUAUCAGUCCUCAAUGGUGCAAACCCUUCUCUAAUAGAAAAUGCCCUUGCUGCAGAACCAUCCAAAUAUUCAGAAGUUGAGCUUAAAGACCCUUGUAGUUCUGAGGAGAUUACAAUGGCGGGGUCAAAUACCAUCUCUCAGCUAUGCAUUUUUGCAGAGGAUUCUUCUGGCAGUAGUCUAAAAGAGAUGUUCUCGUCCGAAGAGGAGAUUGGAAAACUUUCUUGCCAAAUAACCCUGUUACCUGAGAGGGGAAAGAAGGGACAGAAAGCUUCAAUUGACACAUCGAGAUCAGCAGUAAUUAGUGCAAACAAGGAUGCUGUGGUUAGCAAAAGGCGUAGACGGAAAGUUUGAUCUAACUCGCAUCUUUUGCUGGGGGAGCAUGCUGUAUUUUUCAAGUAAUCACCUCAGGUCCCAGUGAAACAGGAUCUGUAAGUUUGUCUUCGAUUGCAUCAGUAUUCUAACCUCUUCAACUGACUGCUGGCUUCAACCAUAUUGGAAGAUUUCGGAAAAUUAGCUUAAAGAUAUUUGCCCCUACAUAUCAAGUUUUUUUUUUUUUUUUUUUGAUCAGGGAAGGGGGAUGGAACUCAAACUCGGGGUUCGCCCCUAUAUAUCAAGUCUUUGAUUGCUUAUGUAUAUAUUUUUAUUAUUCAGUAGAUAUAAAACAGAAUGCUGUGAAUAUUGGAGGAGUAAUUUGUCACUAAUAGCUAGUUGUAGAUGAGUUGGUAAUAUAUGGUUGAGUGGACGGUACUUUUUCCCUUU